AAACGGCGCACCUAGUUCCGCCUGUGCUCUUCAUACUGGAGAGAAAUUCGAUCGCCCCAGUUCACAUCAAACUGUCGUUGGAUAUCGUCCUAGGAUCGACGAUGAGGAAUAUCGUUUUGAUAAUCCUGCUCGCCGCGUUUGUGAACGCGCAACAGACAAAUUACAAGUUCUGCGCUCCCGUGGAAACGGUACAAGAAAGCGCAUGCAUCGCUUUGAAAAAGGGGGACAGCGAGGUAUCAUGUUUGCGCGUGGCGGACAGCGCCGAAUGCUCGAUUCGUCUAGCCCAGGGGGAGGCUGAUUUUGGUAUUUUUAAUGCGGAGGAAUUAUUAUUGACCUAUCCAUUCUAUGACAACAUUAUGCCCAUUCAUCAACUGAGGCACAGGGAUCGAUUAGGAGAGAUAUUCGAAUUCGAAACGGUGGCGGUGGUUCACGCGGAUCUGACUCAGGGAAUCAAACCACCCGGCACCGGUUUCGAUUCUUUGAAGAACGGUGGCCUUUGUCAUCCUGGCUUCAGUAAGUCUCAGUGGUGGAACGAUUACAUACUCAAGUAUUUUGAGAAAACGGUGAGUUCUCGACAAUGCCAAGACAACGUGAUGGUCGUUGAGAACGAGCUCAGAAAUAUCAAGAAUUUCUUUGGAAAAGCCUGCAGGCCGGGCGAAUGGGCCCUUGAAAGAUCCGUCGAUCAAGAAUUGAAGAAGAAAUAUCCGGAAUUGUGCGCUCUCUGCGACAACAAAGUAAAUUGUACUUACAACAGUGAAGAAAACCAUGGACAUCGCGGAGCUCUGGAAUGUUUAACUAAAAAUCCUAAUGCAGUGGCGUACGUAGCGCUUAGUUACGCGCGCAAAUACCUCAAGAAUAACAACACGUUCCAGUUCUUGUGUCCAACUGGUGAUAGACUUCCUUUUGACACUCCGAAUCCCUGCGCAUGGAUCCAACAACCGUGGAGUGUCGUAGCAGCUAGAACAGAGAUUGCGGACACUCUUAAGCUUAAGCUGUAUGAUUGGCUGAAACGAGACGCGAAAGAAAAUUGGAAAAUGACUCUUCGUGAAAUUAUAGAAGAAGACAGCAGCGUCGUCGAUAUACAAGGAAAAUUAUCCAUAGCGGGAUAUUUGAGCAAAGGAAGGGAAAUCGAUCUCACAAACAUCCAGACCUGCGAGAAGAGAACUAUUCGCUGGUGUACGAUCGGCGAUAUGGAGACCAAUAAAUGCAAAUGGGUGGCAAGAGCCACGAUGGCCCUCGGCAUCGAGCCGCACAUUUCCUGCGUCCAGACGAAUUCUGUAUUCCAAUGUUUACGCAAUAUAACUAAGCAACAUGCGGACAUAAUCACAAUCGAUUCUAAUUACGGCUACAUGGCACGAAAAGUUUACGGCCUGUCGACGGUUUUGUACUGCGACACCGAAAUAGACAAAAGCAGCACAGUAAUUGCCGUGGUGCGCCAGCAGUCGAACAAUAAUUACCCAAUAAAGAGCUUCCAUGAUUUGAAGGAUCGAACCGCCUGUUUCCCCGAGUACGCCGGCAUCAGCUGGCUGAGUUUCGUUAAUACCGCGAGGAAGAUGGGAAUCAUAUCGUCCAAGUCCUGCGACUAUCCGCUCUUGGUGUCGAAACUAUUCUCCGGUGCCUGCACCCCCGGGAUAAAAGACCAUGAUCACUCGCACACCAUCGCCGCCACAGAUGUGUCGAACAAACUUUGCUCCGCUUGCAUGCGCUCGAAUAAUAUGAAUGUUACAAUAAUAGGCAAUAAUACGUAUUCUUGUGCGGCGAACUAUUCCAAUCGCUAUUACCAUGAUAAAGGGGCCAUACGUUGCCUCGAUGAAGGCGCCGGCGACGUGGCAUUCGUGGAAGCCGGAAAUAUUAUUAGCAGGCGUAUCGAUCCAAUGAAUUACCGUGUUUUAUGCAAGAAUGGAAACUUGGCUGUAACUCCUGGAUUCGUAAUCAACGAUACCUGCGCAUUGUCAAUAACAAUUGACAGUGAGAUCGUCGGGCGCAAGGAUGAUUCGCAGACCUUCACUAGAGAUAUUCUCCUGGCCUUUUUGAAGAUGGAGGAGUGGCUGGGAUAUCGUGCAAAUUCUAGGAGACCAAUUCACGUGUACGGCAUAUUCAACGGCACUUACGAUCUUCUUUUCAAGGAUUCGACGUCGGGCCUGGUUUCCACAUCGUCGACGCAGAAAACAGUAGAAGCUUACAAAGAGCUCUUCAGUCACGUAUAUCAGUGCUCGACCGGCCACCUAACAGCCACCGCUAAUUACAUUUUCGUAGUUCUAGUCGCGCUCUAUCAUGUCCUUCCUAGUCACAUAUAGGCUAUGUUCAGCAGAAAAAGUAGCUUAGCAAGCACUUUCCGUUGCGCUGGCAGCAGCUUUGCAAGAUUUUCUGCUGAACGACACCAGCGUUUUACGCCUUUCCAACAUGUUUACUGAGAGGUCGCCAUUCUUUCCAACAGACUUUCAACAUGCUGGACCGCUCAGUAAACAUGUCGGAAAAGCGUAAAUCUCUGAAUGUCGUUCAGCAGAAAAUCUUACGAAUAAAGGCGCUGGCGGCGCAGCAUAAAGCGCUUUUUCUGCUGAACCUAAUCAUAGUGUCAGUCAUAUUCGAGUACCGCGUUCACGUAAAUAUAUGUGUACGGCUCUGUCUCGCACUUUUUUUUCCUUUUUUUAUACUUAUCAAAAACGUCGAUAAGCUUUCGUAUCAUUGACGAUAAUAGAUAAAGGUAUGAACUUUGUAUCACUUCAUGUCACGAAACAUUAUGAAAGGAGACAUUAUUAUACUUUUCUAUCUAUUGGAA